AGCAGCUCUUGGUGCGACCUUCGUCCCGCCUUCCGGAAGUGCCCCCUCUUUCCAGGACGGGCCAGAGGAAGCCGCUUCCGGGAGCCAGCCUGUUGCCACGACGACGGAGCUCCCGGCAUGCCUCGCGGCGGCGGGAUAUGGCGUUGGGGGUGCGGCUACUCCUGUUGCUCGCGCUCUGGACGCUGGUGGUUCCGGCCCGGAGCCUCCGGGAGGCAGGCGACGGAGGGUGGCGGCGGCCCGGGCCGGGGGCGCCGGCGGCCGUGGCGGAGGAGGAACGCUGCACCGUAGAGCGCCGGGCCGAUCUCAGCUACGCCGAGUUCGUGCAGCGCUACGCCUUUUCCAGACCUGUCAUUCUGCAGGGGCUCACAGACAACUCGAGGUUCCGGGACCUGUGCUCCCGUCAAAGGCUGCUGGCCUUGUUUGGGGACAGCGUGGUCCGGUUGAGCACUGCCAACACCUACUCCUACCAGAAAGUGGACCUGCCCUUUCAGGAGUAUGUGGAGCAGAUGCUGCACCCCCAGGACCCCUUCUCCAUGGGCAAUGACACCCUGUACUUCUUUGGGGACAAUAACUUCACGGAAUGGGCAUCACUUUUUCGGCACUACUCUCCACCUCCAUUCAGCCUGCUAGGUACCAUUCCUGCUUAUAGCUUUGGAAUUGCAGGUGCCGGCUCUGGGGUGCCCUUCCACUGGCACGGGCCCGGGUUCUCAGAGGUGAUCUAUGGCCGAAAGCGCUGGUUCCUGUACCCUCCUGCGAAGACACCUGAAUUCCACCCCAACAAGACCACACUGGCCUGGCUCCGGGACACAUACCCAGUCCUGGCACUAUCUGCACGGCCCCUGGAAUGCACCAUCCACGCUGGUGAGGUGCUGUAUUUCCCUGACCGAUGGUGGCACGCCACACUCAACCUCGACACCAGCGUCUUCAUCUCUACUUUUCUCAGCUAGCCAAAGGGGGUGGCUGGGGAGCCCGUCGCACACCAGCACAUGCCCCUAUAGUGCUCACAGAUUUUAUUACAGGGACAGAGAUGGCAGCGGCAGCCUCAGCCCAGCCCACUCUCACCCACUGUUUCUGGCCCAGAGGGGGAUGGGAGAGGCUCAUGACCCAGCAGAACUGAUGGGGGUGGGCUUGGGGACACCAAGAUAAGGAUCUAGGGACACAAACUAUGUACAGCGGCUAGAGACUACUGCCCAAGGCCCUCCUGGGCCAGGGUACCAGGCAAGGCGGGUGAGUGGCUCACACACUCGCCCUGCCUCAGUAGUCCUCCACCCAGCCAUUCUCGGAGAUGAACGCGUCAAUGACCUCUUUCAUAGCCAGGUUGGGGAUGAGCUGUUCCUGGGUCAGGGGGCUCCGAGUCACAGGGUCGAAAUGGCCCACACGCUGCAGUGACAACAGAAUCAGAAUUAGGAGGGGCUCAGUGGGUGUGGGUCCUGCUCCCAACUCCCAUGGGCCCUCACCUGCAGGUGCUCCUCAAUGUCCUUGCGGUCAUAGGUGAUACCACUGGGUGUGAUGCAGGGCUCCCGCAUCAGCUCAAAGCUGAUCUUGCCACACAGGUAGUCGGGUAUAUCUCGCUUCUGCAGCACAGGGUCAGAUCAGGGGCUGGGAAGGGGCACUGCUCCGACUCCUGCUACCCACAGACCCCAGAAGACAGGCAGCUCACCUUUCUCUUCUCGUCUACCUGGGAGAAGAGUUCAUCCAUGUCUGCCAAGUACUUGUCCUGCAAAGAACCAAGCAGCUAUGUUUGUGGGCCUGACACCCCAUCUCCCUUCCCCAGGCACCGAAACUCACAGACCCAGCAGGAGCCAGGGGCACCUCACGUCCAUUACACGCAUGCAAAUACACACAGGACCCACACUUGGGCUGGGGCACCCUCACAUGCUUGGCCUCAAUGCAGGCCUGUUGGGCCCGGAGGUGGCCAUCGUCCUCAUCACCCUCAUGGUUCCGCUGACACUCUUCCAGCUCCCUGGAGGUUGACCAAAAGCUGAUCAGAGAUGGGUCUGGCCAGGAGGUCAGACUCCACUCCAAUCUUAGGCUCAUUCAGGCCUCAUUCCCCUCCAUCUCCUGCGUGCCAGAGUUGACCUUCAAUAAAUGAUUGUGUUCACGA